AUGGUGUUUACGGGUAAGAAAUGGUUGGGAUCCAAAUCGGGAGAUGAUGAUGAAGCACAACAACAGCGCAAUAUAGUGGAAGGUAUGGCCACUACAGUGCACGCCUCCUCUUCUGACAAUAACAAUCCUCAUUCCGAGUCCAAACAUGAUCAAACCCAUGAGACAAGUGAGAUCAACAACAACUCAAAUUUGCAUCAUCAGGAUUCCAACCAUCAUCAUAGUAUGAGUGAGUUUUUUCAAUACGUACGAAAUGGAAAUAAUGAAAUGGUCGAGAGUAUGAUCAUGAGUGGAAGAGUAGAUGUGAAUGGCCAUGAUUUGAGCGGAACCGCUCUCGGUAUUUGUAUUGAGCUCUCCAAUAUGAAAAUGAUCAAGUUUCUUGUAAGAAGAGGAGCUUCUGUGAAUGGCACUGUUUAUGGUAGAAGUUUAUUGAAUUAUGCCUUGGAAAGAAACCAUGUCGAUUUUGCUCGUUAUCUCAUUAGAAAAGGUGCAAAUCCAAAAACAGUGACACUUCAGAACUCGAAUAUCGGAAUAAUUGUGAAUGAUGUCAUUGUCACUCAAGUAGAAAAAUUUAUUAGAGCUUUAAAGAGUCAUGAUUUUAAAAGAGCUGAAUAUUUAUUGAAGAAGAAUUACAACAGCAAUAUUCUCAUUAUUGAUUGUUUAAAUUAUGUUAGAGAAACUCCACUUUAUGUAGCUGCUAAACAAAAUAAUACAGCAGCUAUCGAAUGGCUCAUUCAGCACGGAGCAACAAUUGAUUUAAUGGUAUUGGAGACAAAAUUAACUCCGCUUCAAGUAGCAAUUCAGCUGAAAUGUUUUGAUGCCAUUCGUACUCUUGUACAAUAUGGUGCAAAUAUUUAUUCAGAAGAUGGUUUUGGUAUGACAUGUGAAGAAAAAGCCAGAAUUGCAGGUUUUGACCUGUCACAAGUGAUCCCUACUCUUAAAAAAGAUUCUCCUCCAUCCUAUUCCGAAGCCAUGAACAACAACACUUAUCACUCUCCAAUUUUACUUGUCACAACCACUCAUGUGAACUCAUCAAAUACUACUUCAAGCUUGAGUCCUUCAUCACAACAACAAUCACCUCAUCAUGCAAUGGCUCUACCACCUGCCUACAGCCCAAUAUCCAACACUGCAUUGAACAACAAGAUGAAUUUCCAACCAUUGGUGAUGACAAAUACUUCUACAGCUCCUCCACCUGUUUAUUCCAUUCAGCAACAACCUCCACCCUAUCAGACUCAACAAAUUCCGAGUUAUGGAGAAGGAGGACCAACCAUUUCACCUCCUUCUUACACGCAACAACAACAACCAACGUUGAACAUUCCGAAUUUUGCAAUGAAUUCUUCAUAUAAUCCAAAUGUUUCAUUCAAUUCAUCCUAUAAUCCAAAUUAUAUUCCUCCAACUUCUCCUCCAAAUGGUGAACAAAUUGUAAAAACAUUUACCUAUGUUCCAAUUUUAAAUCCAGAAGCAAAUUCAACGAACCAGGUAAUUCCAAAUGCAGUUCCAAUUUUGAAAUAUGACAGCCCAACACCUCCUGCAUUAGAACAGCAACAACAAACCAAUGAUACGACUGAGGUGAUUGAUUCUAUUGAGGUGAAUUAUGAAGGAGAUGAAGAUCGAUCGAAAGACUUUGAUAAAGAAGAACCCAAGUCAUUGGAAAUGGUCCUUAAAGAAAGAUAUUCAAAAAUGUCACUUAUUGGAAGAGGAAGUAAUGGUUAUGUCUACAAGGCCAAGAAAAGAAUUAAGACGAAAGACCACAAUCAAGGAUAUAUUGCUGUGAAAUUAAUUGAUUUUUUCAGCACUAAAGAACUGAAUAGAUCCAUCAAAACGGCAAUGAAUCUCAUGAAAUUAAGAAAUGAAAAUAUCAUUCGAGUGACAGAAGUUUGUAUUCUCAAGUGCAAAACCGACAUUACACACAACAAUGCUUUAACAGAUAAGAGCACUCUGUGUAUUGAAAUGGACUAUUAUGAGAAGGGAACUAUGGAUUCAUUGAUCAAGCAGAAAUGCACCAUAUCUGAAAUAGUACUGAAGAAGUUUAUCUUUCAGAUUGCCUCUGCCCUUUGUUAUCUUUCUGAUAACAAGCUGGUUCAUCGUAACAUCAAACCACCUAAUAUUCUACUCAAAGAAUGGGACCCGGAAAGUGAUACGAUGAUUCCAUGUCUUAUUGGUUUUCGUUUAUCAAAAUCAACAGAUUCUGAUAAUGAUCUUCAACAAGCAGGUUCUUUGCAAUACUUGCCUCCAGAAUUAUUGGAUAUUUCAGAAGAGCUUGAAGAUACAGCACUAUUCACUGCAGCAGAUAUUUAUGCAUUUGGUGUCACAUGUUAUCAAAUGAUGACUCACGACCAUGUCACCAUGAUUAAUGGCUUACUCAUGAAAUAUGGAUCUGAAGAAAAAGCCAUGCAACAAAUUAGAAGUCAAAUCAAAAAGCUUCAACCUGUCGAAUAUAGUGACCAGCUGAUUGAUUUAGUUUUGAGAAUGUUGAAAUUCAAUGGUCAUGAAAGAAUUACCUCCUCUGAAAUUGUAGAAUUAAUUCAACAUAUUUAA